AUGGACAGCGACAGUGAAGAGUACGCGUACGCUCCUAUCCGGGGCGACAUAGCCGACAUCGACAGCCUGAUCUCGACAAUGCGCAAUGCCCGCGAAUUGCUCGAUGUCGAGAAGGAGUUUGCGUCGAUCGGGCAGGCCGAGAAGGUUGUGCUGGCAAAGGAACUCGAGCGGAGUGUGAUCACCGGCAAAUUGCAGGAUGAACUGGAUGCUCUCACGGAGCGGUACGAAGCCGCCGCACGUGCAGCCGAGCGCCCUGAAGGUGCACUUACGGCCGAGGCGUAUGAGAUGCGUGUCAUCGAUCUCGAGAAGGACCAGUAUGCUAGCGGCAAGGCUGUGAACGAGGAGGCGAACGGCAAUGCGCGGCGUGAGGCUGAACUCACUCGUGCGAGGGGUGAGCGCGAGGACGUGCGCAAGUGGGACCCAACGGCGGACGCGACGGACGCUAGUAAAGUCCUCCGCCUCCAGCUCUUCGCUCAGCUGGGGUUCCGCGCACUCGAGGAUGGCAAGAUUCUCGUGUCCAACAACUCGACGCCUGAUGUACAUGUGUUCCCCGUUGGAGACGACCGCGUCGCUACGGCCAACAAGCUGUGGGAGCUGGCAGGGCGGGCGUAA